AAAGAGCAAACGUUGAGGAAGCUAAGCUGCUUGACAGCUCGCAUUUUCCUCGCUUUGACCCACAGCAUAUUAAGAUGGAUUUUGCACAUUGUAACCUACCAUAGAGUCUGUCUUACUAUACACAAGAAAGGCUUCUCCAUUCCUGUUAGGUUCAUGUCCGAUCAUCAUAGAAAUGGCAGGAGCCACGCGUCCGUCAGAGCCGCUCUAAUAAUGGGACUAAAUUCAGAUUAAACCGCCCUUGAUACUCCCUCUUCACCUCAAAGUGGCGCACUUCUACCUCUGGAAUUGGGUGUGUGUAACCUCAAUCGUGUCCUCCCCCUCCCAGCCGUCCCGACUUGACCUGUGACCCGGAUCCCUUAAGCAGGGUUUCGAGGCCAUGUCGAGCCCCAGCAGUAGUCCAGAGAGAGAGGGUGGGCUGAUGGGGUCAGUGCGACUGGAGAACCUCUCCUCACCACCUGGCCUGGAAGCUGACCCCUCAUCUGUAGGCAGCCCUUUGCUGAGUCCAGACUCCAGUUCCCAUGAUGCUGCACUUUCUGCAACAGCAGCUUCACCCGCUGACUCUGAGAAUCUCAGUCCGGAUGAGCUGGAGCUUCUGGCUAAGCUGGAGGAACAGAAUAGACUCCUGGAGGCCGAUUCCAAAUCCAUGCGUUCCAUGAGUGGCUCUCGACGGAACAGUGGCUCUUCACUGGUGUCCAGCUCAUCGGCCUCUUCCAACCUCUCACACCUUGAGGAGGACACAUGGAUCCUGUGGGGACGCGUCGUCAACGAGUGGGACGAGUGGAGGCGCAAGAAGGACAAGCUACUGAAGGAACUGAUUAGGAAAGGCAUCCCGCAUCACUUCCGGGCAAUCGUGUGGCAGCUACUAGGCAAUGCCACGGACAUGCCGGUGAAGAACCAGUACUCGGAGCUGCUGAAGAUGUCGUCACCCUGCGAGAAGCUCAUCCGUAGGGACAUUGCCCGCACCUACCCCGAGCAUGACUUCUUCAAGGGCCAGGAUAGCCUGGGUCAGGAGGUCCUCUUCAACGUCAUGAAGGCGUACUCCCUGGUGGAUCGUGAGGUUGGAUACUGUCAAGGUAGUGCCUUCAUCGUUGGACUGCUUCUUAUGCAGAUGCCAGAGGAGGAAGCAUUCUGUGUGUUUGUCCGGCUGAUGCAGGAGUAUAGGCUCAGAGAGCUUUUCAAACCUAGCAUGGCAGAGUUGGGCCUCUGCAUAUACCAGUUUGAAUACCUGCUCCAGGAGCAGUUGCCAGAGUUGAAUGUGCAUUUCCGCUCACAGAGUUUCCACACCUCCAUGUAUGCUUCCUCGUGGUUCCUCACACUCUUCCUCACAUUCCUGCCCCUGCCAACUGCCACACGCAUCUUUGAUAUCUUCAUGUAUGAGGGCCUGGAGAUUAUAUUCCGAGUUGGAAUAGCCAUCUUGCAGUACAACCAGACAGACCUCAUACAGCUAGACAUGGAAGGCAUGUCGCAGCACUUCCAGAAGGUUAUCCCUCACCAGUUUGACAGCUGCCCAGAUAAACUCAUCCUCCGAGCCUAUCAGGUUAAAUACAACCCCAAGAAGAUGAAAAAAUUGGAGAAAGAGUACACCACAAUCAAGAACAAGGAGAUGGAGGAACAGAUCGAAAUUAAGAGGCUACGCACAGAGAACCGCCUGCUGAAGCAGAGGAUCGAUACCCUGGAGAAGGAGAGUGCUGCACUGGCAGACAGGUUGAUCCAGGGUCAGGUGACACGGGCACAGGAAGCAGAGGAGAACUAUGUCAUCAAACGGGAGCUAGCGGUGGUGCGACAACAAUGCACGACAGCCAGUGAGAGCCUGGAGAAAGCGCAGGACACUAUACGGGAACUGCAACAACACACGUACACAGAACAUUUUGUGAAUGGGCUGCAGACUCAGUUGGAACAGUCUCACCUUCAGGAGGCUGAGCUGCUUGGUGCGUUGAAGGAGAUGCAGGACAAAGUGCUGGACCUGGAGAAGAGGAGCAGCUCCCUGCCUGAUGAGACUAAUGUGGCCCAGCUUCAGGAAGAGCUGAAGCUGGUCAAGCUACGUGAGCUGGAGACCCUGCACUCCUUCAGGGAGCUCCAGGACACAGUCACUGAGCUCAACCAGCGCUGGCAGCACCACACGUCACGUGGAGGAGGGCAUUGGAAAGAAUCCCCAAAGAAAAAUGCUCUGAAUGAGCUGCAGGAUAAACUAAUGACCAUCAGGCUACGGGAGGCUCAAACCCAGGCAGAGCUCAAAGAGGUCAAACUGAAAAACCUGCAGCUGGACAGCCAGAAUCAGAUCUACGGGAAGAUGGUGAGUCGUCAUGAACAGGAGAGCGCCUCCCUCCAGGAGAGACUGCAGAGCGCCUUAUCUCACAACCAGAGCCUACAGAGUCAGCUCAGCGAAAUGAAAAGGAAACAGGCCGAGUUUGACUGCAAGAGUAAGGAGGAGAUGAUGGCGGCACGUCUGAGGGAGGCCGACAGCUUGGCUGCUGCGGCUGAACUCAGACAAAGAAUAGCAGAGCUAGAAAUACAAAGGGAGGAAGGGUUGAUACAAGGACAACUAAAUCACUCUGAUUCCAAACAGUACAUCACUCAGCUAAGGGAACAGAUCACUGAGCUCAAGAAUGAGAUCAGGCAGCUGCGUGGCCAGCCCACCAAAUUCCAGAACUCUGGGGGUGGAACCUAUCAGGACAUGUGCCUGGCCAGUCCGGCUUCAGCAGAAGGAGAUUACUUGAGUUCAGAUGAGGAGCUCCUCCAGAGCGCCCUGCCGGCUGCGAGGCUGUACCCUCGCUGCGCCUCACCUCACCUGCACAGCGAGGGGAGCACAGACAGCGAUGGGGAUGAUGGGAAUGACCACCAUGUCCUCCACGGGCAGGACGUGCGGCAGGAGGCUACAGCUACACAGCACUGCCGUGGGCCCGGAGAACUGAUGGGGUUGGAGUGAGGUUUGCGGGUGGGGGCGUGUCCGGAGACACGCAACAUGAGAAACACUGCAUAGGUGCACAUUCACUGGAUGAGUAAAGGCGAGGACUCGAGUACACACGCAGACACGCACACACGCACGAGGUACAGAGUGGGUGAAUGCGUAAUAUUAAAUACCGUGUGUAUAUAGAGAUAUGAUGGAAGCACAGAGGGACAGACUGAGACAGAGGUCAUCUUUCCCUUGCUUUCACCUCCCUCCAUCCCUCUCUCUCUCUCUCUCUCUCGCUCUCUCUCUCCCCUGUGGCUCUGGCCCUUCUUCUCUCCAUCUCUUCUUUUUUUUAUUACGUAAAAGACACACCAGUUUCACACCGGGCCUAGAGCAGUAUCUGCAACUUAACAUCACACACAAGCCCAGUUAGAGAGGCCAAGUACACACAAACACGUGAUUAUUACUAUUACUUCCAUGAACUGGGUUUGGACCAUCAGCUAUCGGUCCUCGUUCCCACUGAAUAGGACUAAAUACUGAGACAUAGGAUUAAAUACUGAGACACUAAGACAUAGGACUAAAUACUGAGACAUAGGACUAAAUACUGAGACACUAAGACACAGGACUAAAUACUGAGACAUAGGACUAAAUACUGAGACACUAAGACACAGGACUAAAUACUGAGACAUAGGACUAAAUACUGAGACACUAAGACACAGGACUAAAUACUGAGACAUAGGACUAAAUACUGAGACACUAAGACAUAGGACUAAAUACUGAGACAUAGGACUAAAUACUGAGACACUAAGACAUAGGACUAAAUACUGAGACAUAGGACUAAAUACUGAGACAGGACUAAAUACUGAGACACUAAAACAUAGGACUAAAUACUAAGACAUAGGACUUUGCCUUUUGAGUCUCAGUCUGAAUGCGUAGCAUCACGGGCUGCGUGACGGCCCAGGGUACGGGCGUGAUGUAGCAGACACUUCCACCCUCCUAGCGGCGCCGGCCUCUGUCUCGGCUCCCGAUCUCCCAGCAGUGGCGAACUCUGUCUCGGCUCCAAGUAAGCGCAACUGGCAGGAAGCUACACCCUAAUGGCAACCAACCCCAACCCAGUGGGUGGAGGAAGGUGCAGGGACUGUGGCUACACUCUUGCCUCUCUUCUGAAGCAUCCUCCACACCAACUCUUGAAAAUGGCACCUUUCACACAUAAAACCCUACAAGCUACUAGAAUCACUUUUAGAAGAAAGGGAGGAAGGGUGGAAGAUUAGCACAGACUCUUACACUUAUAUAUCAUAUUUAUAGGGAUGUUAAUAGAUGCAUAGCAGCAAAACAUUACAGUAGCUUACACUUGUGUUUGUAUGUGUCCUACUGCCCUGGGGGAAACAAGGAAGGCGAUCAGUUUUGGACAGUGAAAGUAGAGAAAUAACACAGUAUCUCAAAAUUGCCAAAAUUUAGGUUCACUUUUUAU